AUGCGUCAGGCUAUUGGAUUCCUCGGCGAACUGUUGCCACGGAAACGUCUGGGUCGUGCCCUCUGCGCCUACUAUAUGCUUAUAAAGCUCGCCUACCUGUCCAACUCUGUCGGUCAACUCUUCCUGAUGGACCGUUUCCUCGGCAUGAACAGUAGUAACCGCCUCUUCGGCAUCUCCAUUCUCAACGACCUGUUUAACGGACGACACUGGCAGGAGACACUCAUCUUUCCACGUGUCGGCUUCUGCAGGGUGCCGAUAAAGCUGAUCGCGGAUGCGUACACGCCGGCCAUGCGGAAGACACUGGACCGCUUUGAGGUCACAUUCCUUCGACCGGAUGGUACCUUCCUUCUGCACAUGCUGAGGUUAAAUGCUGGUGAAAUAAUCACUCACGAAAUACUGCAGGCCCUGUUGGAGCGUUAUGUACAGCAUGAGAAGAUGAUGGAAUCGAAGGAGCAGAGUGAGCUGAACGAGACGCCUAUGUUUACCAGUUCACCUUCGGAUCAGAUCUCGGAUAAAACUGCAAUGGGAAAGCCGGCAGAGGUGCUGGCGGAUGAGUGUGCACUCAAACAAAGACUGGCAUGA